GAGUACAUCUAUUUUUCAAUUAUACACCUUCAUAACCAGGAAAGUAAAAGAGUGGAUUUUGAGAAGAUUGAGAGAGAGGAGUAGAGAUGGGAGAAGAAAUCAUGGCAGCGGCAAACUACUACUCGAAGGACUUUGAAUGGGAUCAACUGCGGCAAGAGAUUGAAAAUAAUCCUUCUCUUGCUCACCAUUUGCUUCCUUUUCCUAAUUCUUCUAUCAAUCAAAAUCAACAUACCCUUUUGUCUUCUCCACUUUCUUUAUGUUCGCCGCAGGAAGAUUCUGAAGCAUGGAACAACUUCCACACUCGCCAUUCCACUGGAAAAUUCUUCAAGGAGCGUCGGUACUUGCUUAAAGAAUUCCCAGAGCUAGCAUCUUGUGGGGAAUGCUCGACAGUUUUGGAGAUUGGAUGUGGAAAUGGUAGUACAGCUCUGGCAAUACUUCGUGGAAACAAGAGCAUCUCUAUGUAUGCCUGUGACUGCAGCAAAGAGGCUCUUGAGAGGGCUAAAGAGAAUGUUGAAGCUGCUGAUAUAAACUUGGCUAAAGAACGUUUUUACCCAUUCCAAUGUGAUUUUUCUGCAAGUGGAUUUCCAAAUUGGUUACUCAGCACUUCUUGCCGUGAAAGUUCCUUCCAGAAGCAGAAUAUGUGCUCCUCAGGUGCAAGAAGCUGCAGCAAGCAAGAUUUCCCCGAUCCACCGAUAUCUGCCAAGAACAAUAGCUGCCUUGCCGGAGUAGAUUUUGUCACCUUAAUAUUUACGCUAUCAGCUGUGCCACUUCACAGGAUGUCGAGAGCAAUCACUGAAUGUUUCUCUGUUCUAAAGCCCGGAGGACUAUUGUUAUUCAGGGAUUAUGGUCUUUAUGAUAUGACCAUGCUUCGGUUCGAGCCAGAGCAAAGAGUAGGAUACAGGGAGUACAUACGUUCUGAUGGAACAAGGUCUUACUUUUUUUGCUUGGAUAGUGUAAGAGAUCUCUUUUGCAGCUCAGGAUUCAUCGAGCUUGAGCUUGAAUAUUGCUGUGUCCAGUCAGUGAAUCGACAGAAUGGGAAGAUCAUGCGAAGAGUAUGGAUUCAUGGGAAGUUCCAGAAGCCACAUGUCCAAGUAGGUCCAUAGCCCUGAGGUUUUGAUGGGAGAAAAUGAGCUUGCAAGCAGCUGAAUUAAUGUUCCUUGAGCUUAAGAAACUGAAAAAAGAAGAAGAUAAACUUCUGUUAUUUUAUACCCUUAAUCGUCCUCCAACAGAGCUAAAUCAAUGAUGCUUAGAAGCGGCAUUUUGUCUCGUGAAACAUAUAAAGUAGUGCUGCUGGAAGUGAAAGAUGUGUGUUGUCAAUUAAACGUUUUUUUUCUCGUCGUUAUCAGAAUAUAAUAUAUUGUCAUGCUACAUUUAUCGUCUGAAUGAAUUGCUGAGCAGUUUUUUUCCUGCAAUCAUGCAUGCCAUCAUACAUAUGGAGGAGGAAAUUUUGAGGAUUCAUAUAGCUGACCCAGCUAGUUUAAGGCUUGGUAAUUGUUGUAUGUCAUAUCAUUAUUCACUUUGCAACAAUUAUUUCAGAACUAAAACAUCACUUGCUAAGAUCUGGCUGUGCAGAACCAAACAGGCUGACAGCAAAGCUCUUGUGAGCCACUCAUUAUUUCUGAAGAAUUUUGCUCUUCAUGUCUUCUAUGAAUUGAGUGAGAUUCUUCUCUGAAGAUCCCUCAUCAGAAAGUGCUUUCUGAAGGAUCAUCUUGCAAGUUCGUUGGUGUAAUCUGAUGCUGGUAGCAGGUUCGUUGAAAUUAUUCUCUUGGUGAAGCUUGUGCAGAAGAGUGGGCCAAUUGCAUAGAAGGGUUGCUUCUCUUGCAAGGCCGAGAUAGGUGAAGACUCUAGCUCUUGCACUGUAUUACCGAUGACAAAGUCUGCUUUCUGUGCAUCUUCAAGACACUUGAACACAAACGGUGCAUCAAGGUGCUUGGAUCAGCAUCUUGAAUAUAUGAAGGUAAAUCUGCUGGUUCAAUGGCUUGUACUCCAGGUAUGUAUCUAAUGGUGUCUUCACACUUAUCUGGACAAAAUUAUUACUCAUCAGCUAAUUGAUUAUGUAAUGCAGGCUGUGAUUAGACAGUAAUAGCUUCAAGAUAUUUGGUUCAUACCAUGACACCCAAAGUGGCCAUUACUCUUGAGCAGGUCCGACUGUAAGCACUGUUACUGGUUCAGUCCAAAAUGAAACAUUGACAAGAUUAUAUUUCUUGGCGAUCGUUGAUCCCCAAACGUGGCAACUAUCAGCUAUUAUACAAGAAAUUGGCGGGUUUGGUUUUGAGAGGACUAGAUUUUCAAUGAAGUCAUCCACAUAAGCUUGGAAAACAUGAAUGAGACCUUCCACAAAUUGGCUUGCAUUGGCACUCCAAUCGAAACUCAGUGGAAAUCCAUCACUAAUUUUGGCAUAUCGAAUGUCAAGACCACAUUUCUGUCCGUGGGAAAAAAGGUUGUCGUCAUCUUUAAGUGACUGAGCUUUAGCUAUCUGCUGAUGAGUUGAUUCUGUGUUGACAAAGGUGAUGGUAAAACCUUUUGAGGCGAGCUUCAUGGCAACAUGUGUGAAUGGAGUUAUAUGGCCUUGAAGAGGAAGUGGUAUGAGUACUACAUGUGGCUGUAGGUGUUCUUUUAGCUCCAUUUAGUCCCAAAAAUAUAGGAGAUGGUUGGCUUUUUUGAGAAAAGUUAAGUGUAUGAUUGUUAAUAUUGUGUGUUUAUUAAGAGCUUGGAAGGAGAUGGUGGCUUUAUGUUUUUUGAUGCAGAAAUGUUUAUUGUCUAAGUUGGUGUCUGGCUGUCCUUGUAGCUGCAUUUAUUUGAAUUUGGAGCCUUUUAUAUGUCAUCCCUUAGGCAUUUAAAGAUAAUGAGAUAGACAUGUCUUUUGUUUGGUGUGAAUCCCGGCUCGUGGCUCACAGUUGUUCUGUAUUCAUUUGCUUGAUGUAAAUACUCAUUGCAGGUAAAUUUUUCGGUUAA